CUUCCACUAUUUCAGCGAAACGUUUAUCGGCUUUCUGAAAUUCGAAAGAUUAACCAACAAAAAUGGUGAAUAGUAGGCGACGAAGCGGCACUGGAUCAAGUUCUCCGGCGAAGGGUUCCCCGCAAUUUUUCAGGAUAAUAAACUCUGCAGUUGUUCAAAACCAAAAACUGAUGAUUCCUGGAAAAUUUGUGAGAAAAUAUGGGGAGAAACUCAAGCUAUCAAAACUUGCAUUCCUCAAGGUUCCCAGUGGUGCAGUAUGGCAAGUAGAAUUGUCAAAUUCUAGAGGCCAUGUUUGGCUACAUAAUGGUUGGAAAGAGUUUAUGAAGUAUUAUUCCAUAAGCUAUGGGCACUUUUUGGUAUUCCAAUACAAUGGGAAUUCCAUUUUCCAUGUCCUAAUAUUUGAUAAGAGUGCUUCGGAGAUAGAAUACCCAUCUGGGCAAACCAACCAGAAAUGGGAUUUCCAAAUCCCUGAAACAGAAGAUGUUGAGUUAGAUGAUUCUGUUGAAAUCUUGGAUGAUUUUCUCACCUGCCAAGGAACAUUUGAGAAAGAUGGUUCUGUUGAAAUCUUAAAUGAUCCACCUACAUGCAAGAGGAGGAAAAUGAUGAGAACCAAUCUAACAUGUAAAACCAAGAAUGAUUCCAAUCUGCAUUCAAGAGGCAUUCAAUCAAAGGAGGGAAAGCUUGCAAAUUUAAAUGAAGAUGUGACGAGAGAAAUUAAAAAAGAAUGUACUCAAGGCAUGCAUACUGCCCAGGGACGCUUACCAUCUCAGGUUCCUGACAGAAGGAAAUCAGUGAAUGUUGAUCACAGAUUUAGAGCCCGUCAGAGAGCCAAGGGUUUUGAAUCUAAAAACCCAUUCUUCAUGGUUUAUAUGCAACCAUCUUAUCUUAGACCCAAACAGAGUUUGCAUAUACCAUUAGACUUUGCAAAGAAAUAUUUUAGUGGGAAGCAGAGUGGUGUCAUACUAAGGGUUUCAGAUGGGAGAACAUGGUCUGCACAGUUCUAUGGCAAGAAACGUGGUCCAAAACACAAGCUUGGUUGGAUUUCAUUUGCACGGGACAACAAUAUACUAGCGGGUGAUGUUUGUGUCUUUGAGAUGAUGAUGAAGAGCAACAUUGAACCACCUUUGCUCAAUGUCAUGAUAUUGAGGGCUGCAGAAGAUUGGAGUGUUAGAAAAUCUGUUAAUUUGAAAGACCAACAGAAAGUAGCAGAAAGUUGGAUGGGUGAAUGAAAUGUGUUAUUUUGCAAUUUGUAAGUAAGUGUGUUCACAUUAAACAAAAUUUUUGUGAGAAAUUAUGGUUAUGCUAGUAGUAUUGCUGUGUUUUAAUGUUUUUUAUACAUGU